UUACUGUUUAACUUGCUUUCCAUUUAAGAUCCUGCUUUCUGAGUGUAAAUACUUGAUUGCUACAGGAGACGCCUCGCGACCAAAUCAAAAUCAAAAUGGCAUCCUCCGCACCAGCUGCGGCCACAAGUUUGAUCACAGGCUCCCUGAACGCGAGCCGCGCAAGACAUUUGGAAAAUGCGCUGAAGAUGCUAGACGUGCAAAGCGCCAGUAGUUAUAAAAAUCGUACAGCACCAUCUUCGAUGCCAAAUCUGACCGCUGGCGGCUCGUCCUCCUCAACCUCGUCGACUGCAUCAACCACCACGCAUCAUCAAGCAGUUUCCGCCUACCCGCUAGACUUGUUUCUCCGGAGGUAUUUCAAGGCGCAUAAGGGCAUUAAGCGCGAGGACCGGAGGUUCAUCUCCGAGCAUUUUUAUGAACUGAUUCGGUGGAAGGGGUAUCCAGGAAAAAACAUCCAUCCCCAUCCAAUUACGUGCAUCAAUUCCACUAUUUGUCAUGCAAAAAAUGGAUGGGGAAGAUGGGUGUUUUUUCCUGGAUAAGGGGAUGCUGGACCUGGUCGGCGGACAGUUUAUGAACAACAACCUGUGGCACAAUCGCAUGAAAACCUACUUUCUGUCCAAGCGGUGGAAGGACCAGCAGCUCGCGUCGCGGAAACUCAGUCCCGCCGCAAUUUGCGGGUUCCCAGACUACUUGUUUUCGUGCAUAGCCAACAGCUUCUUGUCUCUAGCGCCCACGGCACAAACAAGCGACGAGGUGGAAGAACGUGAGGAUGACGUUCGUGUCGUCACCCCAGGCAACAUCCAUGACAGAUCAAGUCGGCCUGGAAACGGCCUCCAUAACGAGAGCAGUGAGGCUCCGUUCGACUACUGCGCAACCACGCAGGCUACUGACGUCACUUCCGAAGAAGUUCCACAACAGUCGCUUUUUGCGGCGACGAAAAGUAGCAGGCCAUCUGCCAGCUCCAAAUCAAGCCGCACGACGCCAGUUUACUCACAAUCGGCACCUUCAUCACCGGCAAAUCUCAGCGCUUCGGCCCCGCACGUGAAGAAAGCGCAGAACCUUUGCCGCAUUCUGAACGAGAAGCCGACGUACUUUCUGCGCGUGAACCCGCUGAAGAAGUCGAGACAGGAAGUGUAUGAUUUGCUUCUCGCGAAGGAGAUCAACACGAUCGAAAUGGCGAAGCACAGCCCGCUCGGUAUCACACUACAUCAUUUUCAAACGAAAGCGGCCAUCCUGGAAGCUUUGUUUGAGGAAAAACGAUCUGGCUACUUCGAGUUGCAGGACGAGAGCUCGCAACUGAUGGGACUCGAGGUGGAUUGCGAGCCCGGGCAAAAGGUGCUCGAUUUUUGUGCGGGCGCGGGCGGCAAAAGUCUGGUGUUUGGACCAAAAAUGCGAAAUUCCGGUGCAUUGUUUCUUCACGACGUUAAAGACACGGCUCUCGUGCAGGCGCGGCGGCGGCUUCGCAAGGCUGGAAUCAAGAACUACCAAAUUUUGCCGCCCGGCCAUCCGCUGCUGCACUUCAAUCGAGCGAAGUCUUCGUUCGCGGCAAGUAACAAAACACUUUUGGGGAAGUGCGACUGGGUCGUCUUAGACGUGCCGAAUAGUGGGACGGGCGCACUGCGAAAAAACCCAGACAUGAAGUACACCUUUAGCGAGGAAAAGCUCUUGCAGUACAUUGCGAGGCAGCGGGAAAUCUUUGACCAGGCCCUCCCUUACGUAAGGUCCCCAACUAGAGGAGCUGCGAGAGUGCCGAGGAAGGAUGGAAGUGCCGCAAAUGGGUCGUCUCUUGAAACUCCCACCCGCGGUGGAGGCAAGAUUGUUUACAUGACUAAUUCUAUUUUGCCAGAGGAAAACGCAAGACAGAUUGAAUUCUUUUGUGAGAAAUACCAGCUGUACUUGUCUAAAGAACCUAAACAUGCGCUGCCCCAAACCAAGGGUUUGGACGGCUUCUUCUGUGCAGUGCUGGAAAGGGCGUGACGGCAGCAAAAAAAAUGACCAGAGCGCUUCUAUUUUUUUGGCGAGUCGUGUAAGUACUCCUGUCCUAGACCUAGUCCCACUGGGCAGGGGCUCUAUUGAUUUCAUAUGGAGGGUUCUUUGCCUACACGGGGC